UCACCGCCUGCGACGUCCUCUCCACGCUGGUCCAGCGCAGCGAGCCUGCACUCGGCUCCCGCCUGAUUGCUGCAGUAGCGCGGCUUGCAGGGCUGUCAGCGGCCGCUGAGGCGUCUGUAGCUGCAGCAGCAGCAGCUGGAACAGCAGCGGCCGGUGGCGGCAGCAGCGGGGGUGCUGGGUGGUGUGUCGGCAGUGGCGAGGCAUGUCGGGGUGUGGCUCGGCGGCUGCAGCGUCUGCUGGGGUGCCUGCUAGCGGCCGCCACCCCCCAGGCUGAGCCUGCAUGGAGGGAGGUGCUGGCUCGGCUGGCUCCCUCGCACCAGCAGCUACACCCCAACAGCGGACCGUCCAGCCCGUCAGACCACCAUGCAGCCUCCCAAGGCUCUUCAUCCCAGGCGCCUCCUUCCACCUUCGACAUUUGCGCUGCUGCCACCGCAGGGGCGCUAUGGGGCGCAGCAGCGGCAGCCGCCGGUGCCCAUGCAGCCGCAGCGAGGGCGGGCAUGGUGGGGAUUCCCCCGGGGUCGGGUGCAGCAGCGCCGGGUCAGGGAGCUGUCGUACAUCAACAUCACCAACAUGGAGGAGGGCCGUACGGCGGGGUUUCGGAGCAGGAGCUUGGGGCGCGAAUGCGACAGCUGCUGGGAGCUGUACGACAGGCUUCUGCCCUCGUCAACAGCUUCCAAGCUGCGACCUCAGCUCCCAA